UGCACUCUUUUAGAGAACAACAACAUCCCAACUGGCUUAUUUGCUAUUGCAACUAACUUGUUUGUUGAUUUAUUUAUUUGUUUCAAUUUAAUACUUUGAUUUUGUUGGCUGUUGCCUUGCCUACCAAAAUUAAAAGCUGCUGAUCUUUUAUAAAUGAAAAUGCAAUUAUUUUCUUCACUAUUAAAGACUCAGUUAGAUGAGAUUGGAUUUUAACAAAACAAUAAAAGCUCAAUCAAUAAAGUUGGUUUGUUACUUUGUUAUAUCCUACAUUACCUACAAGGACAAGGGUUUGUGUUUACAAUUCAACGUUGUCUGCAGUGCAUAUGAUGUAAUCUUUAUCAAUAAAAUCAUCGAUCACCUUGAUCUGAUCAUUAAUUAGACAACAACAUAUAUACAGGAGAUUUGUCCAACCCACUAGCAUGCAUACGUAUGCACAUAUCAACAUGCACACAUAUUAUACGUUAUACUCCAUAAUACUUACAUAAAUGAAAAUAUAGCAAGGAGACACUAGUUUUACGGAUUAUGUACCCUUGUCUUUAUUAGCUGUUCAUCUUUCUCUAUCCAUCUCUCAGUAUAAAUACAAACGAACGUAACUUCAUCACCUUCAAGACAAAUACUUGAUAACUUCUUUUAUUUAAUUUAAAAACCUCCAAAAUUUCUCAAAAUCAAAGGUUUAAUACUAUACUAAUGGCCAAGUUCGGAAAGCUAACAAAGCUCAUAAAGAAAUGGCCUUCCUUCACCAAGAACCACCACUCAACCACCGAAUCCACCUCCUCCGUGGCCACCACCAAGGUCUCAAAUUGCGAAGAUCUUCAACUGGUCUACGUCGGGAAGUCUCGGAGACCUUACAUGCUUAGUUCCAACGUCAUCAACCAUCCGCUUGUCCAAGAACUACUUGAUAGAUCGUCGAGAUUCAUCAACGAACUUCACGAUCAAAAGACUGUCUUAGUACUAGCUUGUGAAGUAGUAUUGUUCGAGCACUUAUUAUGGAUGCUCGAAGACAGUUUCUCCAAUCACGACGAUGAUGAUGAUCGAGAGAUAGGAUCUGUCCAGGAGUUGGCUGAGUUCUACACUUAUUGACGGCGACGUUAUUACUUAUUUGUCUUAAUAUAUAUUUUAUUUAUUGAAAGUUUUUAUUUGUUCCUACAUGAUCCAAUGCGAUCCCCAAAACAUUAACUUCGGUUUUGUUUUCUAAUCAUUCUUAGGACAUCUUCCCUAACACUAAUUCAGUCAAUAAUAAAACUUAUGUUUUAAUGACUUCUAGCUCCAUUCUAUAUACAUGUAUGCUAUAUAUUUUGCAUGUGUUAUUUAGUUUUCAACCUGUUUCCUAGUCCAUUGAUAAGCUUAUGCUCAGUGGGCAACUAGUCUCAAACUGGAUUCAUUCUUUUCCCAAUAGGGUACUACGGAGAGUGUGGGAAGAGAGGCGGUUACAUGGAGAUUACUGGAUUCACUUCUGAUGUAAGAGAACAGAUAUACAAAUUGGCCUCUGUGAAUCUUUGCUCCAACAUCUCUGGUCAGAUUCUCGCCAGCCUUGUCAUGAGCCCUCCCAAGGUAUAAAACAUCUUAUAUUAACUUAGCAAAUGGUUUGGUUUAAGCUUGGUUCCUGCAAUCGUAAACCGUGUCACUGAGUUCCACACGAGCUUCAUGGAUGAGUUCUGCGACUAAGGGAUUCUGAUUCUUAAGUCCUCUCUUUGAAGAUAUGAUCACACAUGCAGUUUACAGAAACUAAGAUGAGCUUUUGUGAGAGCAAGAAGUUUUAUUGAGAGCUUUUACUGACGAUUAAACUAAACGUAUUGUUCUUGAGAAGACCAUAAUAUAAAACGUUGUUGAACUACUACUGCAUGCUUUUCCAUAUUUCAAACCGAAAGAAAACUCAAAUCAAAAUAGGAUUCAAAGUUUACAUAUUCGAACAAGAAAGAAUAAAAAAGGUUCACAGACUCAAACAAAGCAAGAAUAAACAACAGAUUCAAACAAUCUCAUUAUCGUCUAUCUUCCAAGCCGGAAGUUCGCUGCGGCUGUUGUUCUUCAUCAGGAGCUUGUCAUAUAGUCCAAAGUUACUUAAAUAUUGGUACUGCUUGUCUAUUCCUUUAAACACUGUUUCCAUCAACCUAAGCUCAUCCGCAUACAUCUGGUCACAAAACCACACAAUUUAAAAUUCACUUCAUAUCAGGUUAAGCAUAUAUAAGUUGGAAAUAUCGUUUGUUUACCUUGACUUCUUCAAUCUCAACCUCAUCUCCAACAUGAAAAUAGAUGCAUCAAGAAAAUAAUGCUCUUUCCAAGCAGGCCCGGCCCUGGGCUAAAACCCGUAAAACUUGGGUUUUAGGCGCCACACAAUAUAUAUAUUUUAGGGGCACCAAAUCUCUGAAAGUCUUUUAGGUCUAGUGGCUUGAAUUUUACUCCUUUUAACUAUCACUAGGGUCUUUUCCCGGGCUACGCCCGGGUAAAUUUCUUCUUAUAAUUUUUAAUUAAUUUUAGUUUGAUGAUGAUCUUAUUUCUUCUUAUAAUUUUUAAUUAAUUUCUUCUUAUAAUUUUAAAUUAAUUUUAGCUUGAUGAUGAUCUUAUUAAUUGUUUAUAUUGUUUGGAUGGCAUAAUAUUAUAGCUUUACUUGCUUGUAAAACGGAUGAGUAACACUCAAGUUUUCUAACUCGUACUCCAUGCAAUAAAUCUCAUUUUUGGGUUGUUAUUUUGUCCUAAUAUUUUUUUUUUAAAAAAAUGGGAGGUUAAUGAUCAAAUAUCAUUAAUUUCAUAUUAUUCCACUUCAUUCUCUAAUUAUACUACGCUUUUUAAUUGAUUGUAUUUGUUUAUUUUUGUUUUUAGUUUGCUCUGUGAGAUUCUGUUUGGGUGGUGAUUUGGUUCCGUUGAGAGCAUUUAGUAAUGUGGUUCUAAUGAUAUGGCUAAUCAACAAAAGAUAGACAAAAGAUAGGAUGAUUAGUUGGCAGCGGUUAAGUAGCUGAUGCAUUACUCCAUUGUUUUGGUAUCGUCUUGAUUAGUAACUUUUUUUUAGUCUCUAAGUUUGCACAUAUUUUGUCUGUGGUGAUGAUAUUUAGAUAUAGCCUUAAGUGUCACAUUAGAUGUUUUUUUUUUGUCAAUUAUACAUAUAUUUUGUUAACUAUGACUGAUUUUUGUGAAUAAUUUGUUUCUAUUUUUAUUAGAAAUUCUUCCAUCAUUCUUUUUUAAUCUAAGCUAAAGUUUGGUACUUAAAAAAAGAGAAACCAUUCAUAAGAUUUAUUCUUCUUUAUUUUGAUUGGCCUUGGUUUGAUGAGACUUGGAAAAAAUAAUUAAGUAAAUAAAUUAUUAUGUAUUUUAUUAAAUCAUCAUUUGUGGACAAUAAUUAAUGUCAACAUUUUGAUUGGAUUGAAAAUAACUUAUAGUAUAGAUGCUUUGAUUAAGUGACA